AUGGAUGUGCACGAGUGCGAGGCUGCCACUGGCUGCCGCUUCUCAUGGAACAUGUGGCCACCUACGCGGGCUGAAGCACAACAGAUUGAACUACCGUUGGGUUGCAUGUACACUCCUCUGCGCGACUGCACCAAAUUGCAGCUCGUAGAGUACGAGCCUGUAAGAUGCAGAGUCAGCGGUUGCGUCCUGAACCCCUUCUGCUCUGUUGACUUUAGAAACAAAAGCUGGACGUGCCCAUUCUCGCUGCAGCGGAACUCUUUUCCAAGCCAUUACGCAGCUCACAUCUCCGAACAGAACCUGCCUGCUGAGUUGUUUUACCCGACCAUAGAGUACAUCCUGCCUGCAAAUUUGUCUCUGCCCGGCAACGCCGCCGCUGCAGCUGCGGGGGGCCAAGUGCUGCCACCUCCCCUGUUUGUGCUGGUGCUUGAUACAUGCGUUAUCGAGGAAGAAAUCGAGCAGCUUAAAGACUCCCUAUUGCAGGCUUUGGCACUGUUGCCCUCAGACGCCAUGGUCUGUCUAAUAACGUUCGGGGCAAUGUGUAUGCUCCACGAGAUCGCGGAUGCCAGCGAGUAUAACAAAGUUCACGUUUUUCAUGGAUCAAGGGAGCCCUCUUCUUCAAGUAUCCAGCAGCAGCUCGGCCUGUUACCUGGUUCUUCGUUUGCUGUGCCGCGCCAUGGUAGCACCGGGACGCGCCACCCAUUGCUGCAGCCAGCAGCUGCCCGUUUUAUUCAGCCUGUAGGAGAGUGCGAAGCGAAGGUUUCUUUCAUUCUCGAGUCCCUCACAAAGGAAUACUGGCCGGUUCCUGCAGAUUCUCGGCCUAAGCGCUGCACCGGCCUCGCAUUGUCGGUCGCCAUCGCUUUGAUUGAAAGCUGCUGGCUUAACUUGCCUUGCCGCAUUCUCCUCUUCACGGGAGGCGUUUGCACCACCGGCCCUGGACAGAUUGUUGAUUUGCCUCUGGCUGAAUCAAUUCGCCAUCAUUUGGAUCUACAGAAAGGCAAUCAGAAUGCGCGUUUCGUGCAAAAGGCUCUGAAGCUGUACACUUCACUAGCAAACAGAGCAGUCCGGGCUGGUUGUGCUGUUGACAUCUUUGCCUGCUCGCUCGAUCAGGUGGGGCUGUACGAGAUGAAGGUAAUGCCAGAAAAGACUGGGGGCUGCGUAGUGAUGAGUGACUCCUUUUCUCUAAAUGUUUACAAAGACAGCCUCAAAAAGUUUUUGGAAACAGAUUCUACAGGUUUCCUCAAAAUGGGUUUCAACGCCCGAAUCGAGGUUUUAUGCAGCAAGGAGUUCAAAGUCUGCGGCGCCAUCGGACCGUGCACCAGCACGGGGAAAAAAGGAGCUCAGGUUUCAGACAUGACCGUUGGAGAGGGCGCCACCUGCGAAUGGCAGGCAGCGGCAAUGGACAAGGAAACCACAAUUGCAUUUUAUUUUGAAGUGACCAAUCAGCACAUCUCUAAUCUACCGCCUGGUAAACAAUCUUUCUUGCAGUUCCAGACUUCGUACAUGCAUCCUAGUGGCCGUCGCCGCCUGCGCGUCACCACGCUUUCCUACGAAUUCGCUGACCAGAGUCCUUUGGAUAUAGCACCUGGGUUUGACCAAGAGGCAGCAGCCGUUUUAAUGGCACGCUUGGCGGUCUUCAAGACGGAGACGGAGGAUACUUUGGACGUUUUGCGAUGGCUGGACACAAAGCUCAUCAGACUUGUCGCUAGAUUUGCAGACUACCAGAAGGACGACCCUAACUCGUUCCAUCUGUCCACCGACUUCGCAAUCUACCCCCAGUUCAUGUACCACUUAAGGCGUAGCCACUUCCUCCAGACUUUCAAUGCCAGUCCAGACGAAACAGCAUAUUACCGUUCCGUCCUUCUGCGAGCUAGCGUAAUAAAUGCUCUGGUUAUGAUUCAGCCAGCUCUGCUCUCCUACUCCAUCAACCAGCAGGGGCCUCCUCAGCCUGUGCUGCUAGAUGCCCAAGCUCUCAAGCCAGACGUCAUUCUGCUGAUGGAUUCAUUCUUUCACGUUGUCGUGUGGCAUGGCGAACUCAUUCACCAAUGGAGGGAACAGGGAUACCACAAUCUGCCGCAGUAUGGAAACCUGCGGCAACUUCUGCAGGCACCGGUUGAUGAUGCAAGUGUUGUGUUAAGUGAUCGCUUCCCGGCGCCGAAAUAUGUACAAUGCAACAGCGGGGGCUCUCAGGCUCGUUUCCUUCUGGCCAAGGUGAACCCCUCAACCUCUUAUACACAGUCUGGGGGUGCCCAGCCACUGGGAUUAACUGAUGGAGGUGGCGAUUGGUUCAUCAACACAGACGACGUGAGUCUCAAGGAAUUUAUGGAACAUUUAAUCAGAUUGGCAGUGCAAAGUUGA